CACGAGGAGCGUCACAGCUUCAUCCGUCAUGUCUCUGUUCCACAGGGUCCAGCUGGAUCCUAUGGAGAAGGACUGGCUCAGGAGUUCAGCCCUGGGGAACACGGCCGCCCAGCGUCUGCUUCUCGCUCAGGAGCCAGGCCUCGUCCUCAAGAAGACAGCUCUCCACUGGGCAGCUAAGCAGGGCCGUCAGGAUGUUGUGGAGAUGAUGCUUCGCUCUGGAGCCGACAUCAACAUCAGAUCGCAUGGGGGUUACACCGCACUUCAUCUGGCCUCCAUCCACGGACACCAAGACAUCGUUCAGACACUAAUCAGCUCACACAAUGCUAAAACCAACAUCAGAGAUUAUCACGGGAGGACAGCCGUUCAGUACUGGACCGGCAACGCUGACGUUUUCUAUAAACCCGACUCUCAGUCAGACGGGCGGUUCUGUCGGACCCGGCGGACCCAGCGUUUCGCUCUACCAUCUCUACGUUUGUCUCGCACUCGCAGCCACGGACAGCUCCACCUAGAGUUCGGGACGCCACCUCAGUCGGCGACUUGUGAUGCGUUGGACCUCCAGAUAUGA